CGGCACGAGCCGAGCCGAGCAGAGCCGAACCGAGCCGAGCCGAGCGAGCGGCGGCGCCCGCGGUGUCCGCCGAGGCCCACUUCCGUGUCAAAAGUCAAGAACGACUAUGUAUAAAAAAAGGGAUUGCUUCAUCUUUGACUUGAAUUCAAAGUGAAAAUGGACAGAAACGAAACAUGUGCUGCUGGGCAGGAUUCCCUGCCCUAUAUGAUUUGUCUGGUUCACCUCCUGGAAGAGUGGCUCGGGCUAGAGCAUUUGGAAGACUAUCUAAGCUUUGCAAACUAUCUCCUCUGGGUGUUCACUCCCCUGAUCAUUUUAAUUCUUCCGUACUUCACCAUUUUCCUUCUCUACCUCACCAUUAUUUUCUUGCACAUUUACAAGAGGAAGAAUGAACUGAAGGAAGCGUAUGCCCAUAAUUUAUGGGAUGGCGCAAGAAAAACAGUGGCAACGGCUUGGGAUGGACAUGCGGCAAUAUGGCACGGUUAUGAAGUUCAUGGUCUGGAAAAAAUACCCCAGGAAGGACCUGCGCUUAUUAUUUUUUACCAUGGAGCGAUUCCUAUAGACUAUUACUACUUUGUUGCUAAAGUCUUUACCCAAAAGGGCAGAAUUUGCCGCACAGUAGCCGAUCACUUCCUCUUUAAAGUGCCAGGGUUUAGUCUGUUACUUGAAGUAUUUGGUGUUCUGCAUGGACCCAGGGAAAAAUGUGUUGAAAUUUUAAAGAGUGGCCACUUACUAGCUAUUUCUCCAGGAGGAGUUCGAGAAGCACUCUUUAGCGAUGAAACCUACAACAUUGUUUGGGGUGACCGAAAAGGCUUUGCUCAAGUGGCUAUUGAUGCAGAAGUGCCCAUCAUUCCGAUGUUCACCCAAAAUGUUCGGGAAGGAUUUAGAUCACUUGGAGGAACAAGGUUAUUUAGGUGGCUUUAUGAAAACUUUCGAUUCCCAUUCGCUCCUAUAUACGGAGGCUUUCCAGUGAAAUUUCGCACGUAUUUAGGAGAUCCUAUCCCAUACGAUCCAAAGAUAACAGCAGAAGAACUGGCUGAAAAGGCGAAGAAUGCAGUCCAGGCACUAAUAGACAGGCACCAAAGAAUACCAGGGAACAUCCUAAGGGCUCUUUUGGAACGUUUUCAUAAAAAACGGAAGAUCAACUAGAAUAUAUUUUUAUAUAUUUAUAUAUGCAUGGCUUUGAGGUACUGUUUUCAGAACAAAGUUGCUAUUGUAACUAUAUGAUUGUUCAAAAAUCAUAGUAGCUAUCAUCCUCAAAACGUGUUCCUUAAAAACUUUUGUUUCAAUAAUGUUCCUGCAUAUUUGAAAAAAAAAUCAACCGUAUCAUUGCAGUGACAUUUGUGAAAUUUAAAUUAUAAACAAUGAUGUAGUUUUACUAGAACAGUAAAUCCCUAACUAAAAAGUUUGUUCUCAUGAAUUCUGACAAAAGUAUUUUGACUAAAUCAACCAUUCCUGAGUUAUGGAUUUAGUUUUCAUAUUUUUAUUUCACUUAAUUUCUUUUGAGAUGCAACAUGGUUCAGUUGUGUAAACACAGGAUUUAAGUUAAGAAACUGUAAAUUCUAGGCCCAUGUUGGCCACUGAGUCAGUGUUGUGACCUUGGGCAAAUCGUUUAAUGUCUCAGCUUGGCCAUUUAUUAAUGGGAGAGGUACUACUCCCUCCUUACAGGACUAUAGUGAAGAAUAUUCAUUAAAACAAAGUGCUACAAAAGUAAUAUAGUCAAAAAGGAAAUUAUUUUCCAAAUUGUUAUUUAACAGCUUUGACAAAUGCUUCGAUUGAUAGUAGAAAUUUAAGUAAUUCUUUGCUUAUGGACUCCUAGUGACCAAUCAAAAUGAAAGAGGAACGGGAAGUGCUUUUUAAUUAAAGAAAAAAACUGGGACAGUUUUGCUUUCCAUAAUCAUUACCCUUUUAGUAUUGAUUGUGUUGUUGUUUAUUUAAGUUUCUUAAAACCUCUCUGUAAAUAUCUGUUGUGUUCUGCAUUCGGUCAGUUCAGCAACAACAUAUUUUUAAUAGUUCAGGGUAUAAAAUUACUGUUGGAUUCAUGAUUUUGUAGUUAGGAAAGAAGAUUUAGACAGGUGAACAUAGAAAUAAACGUUUGUCUUUUGCGUACGAUAUGAAUUUUAAAAUGUAGGGAACCAAAUGGCUUAGUUACAAUGAAAAUAUACUUGAAUCAUUUUAUGUGGAAACAAUUGCACUUUGAAAAUUGUCUUAGAUUUGUGGUCUCGUAAACUUAAUUUAAAAGGUAUCAGAACACAGACUUUCAAAAAUCAAGAGCAGUAUCCUUCUUUUUCGAUGUUAAAUAUACUUUGUAACUUGUACAGAUUUUUGUAUGGAAGUCUAUAUUUAUGAUAUGAUAUGUAUUGUAUAUAAAAAGAACCUAAAAUAAAGCGGAAAUUAAAGUUA